CACCACGGUAACUACAUUUACAACUACAUUUACAUCUACAUUUACAUCUACAUUUACAUCUCAUCACCACCAGUCACAAAAAUGGUCUACACAAUAGUCGUGCACCUCCGCGCCAAGCCCGGCGCAGACAACAUCGCCAAACUGCACGCCAAGCUCAACGAGGCCUCUGCCAUCUACUCCAAGGACCGGGAGACCAUAUCCUGGUUCGUCAUGCAAUCGAUCCACGACCCGCAAGAAUUCACCAUCGUGGAGCGCUUCGAGAACGAGGGGAGCCAGAAGUACCACCUGGAGAACCCGUACUGGAAGACCUUCGACCCCUUCGUGGUGCCUCUGCUAGAGAAGCCCAUGGAUUUGCGACGGCACGAGGAGUUAGUUCCUAAGGCUGGCGAGGAGGCUCUGCUGAAAUAGAUUACUGAAUGGCCAUUCAUCAUGAAGCGGGCCGGUUACUUAUGGCUGUGCCAUAGAUGGGUUUCAUGUUUGCUUCAUGAGAGUGAGAUAUAUGAGACAUUGUUACGUAUCUCAUUCAA